AUGUUUCCUUCUCAUACAGGUUCAAUUGUUACUAAAGACAGCGAGCAAGAAGUCAGCGACCAAAAAUAUUCUUAUGGAGGUACCUAAAAACUAAUGAGCUCCGUAUAUAUCUGGAGCGAGAACUCGAGUCCAAAAAAUGAAGGCAAGAUGGCGGAAAUUGAGGAGUUAUUGGACGUCAGUUCCAGUCUCUUUCUAUUGUUUUGUCUGCGCGGUUAACACGUAGCUGGCAAGGAGGAGUGUGCCGAAAUUUUGUAUUUUGACGUCGAUUUAAAGAAUGACACUAUAGUUUUAUGAACUGAUAACUUGUUUAGCGAUACAGUCAGAAAAAAACUUGAAUUAGCUGGGAAAAUCGUAUUAAACAAACUGUUAUCGACCUUCAUAUUGAUAUUGGACGUCAAUUUCCCCAGUCUUGGCUUCACUAUUCUCAUAGGCCGAAUGACUCCAGAUAUAUAGAGCUCACUGAUUAAAACUUUUUUAUUCUACCGUCGGUUACAUCUAACAGUGAACAGAUGAAGACAUUGUCCAUUCUCACAUGAAACCUUAAUGACAAUGUUUACGAGGCUCUAUAGCCAAGAUGACAUACUUUCCGGAAGCAACAAGGGCAGAUUUCGUGCUCGACCAAUCAGCGCAUUUGUUUACAUUUUCGCUCUCAGCUAAUCAUAAUGCAGGAAACGAGAAAUUUACACCAAGGCGAGCUAGAAAAUAUUGCCGUCUUCUCGGGCUUCCGUGAGAUUCAAUUUUAACUUUUUUAAUUUAAAACCAAAAGAUUAUGAUGUAGCACAUUAAAAUCUAAAACUUUGCCGUGGGCAUUUUUAAAUUUCGACCUAGAACGGAAAAUAUCCGUGUUUGAAAUUUUUCCCUAUGUCGCGUAUACAAAUUUGAGUAAUCUAAUUUGACUGCAAUAAAACUAAAAAUUGCUAUAUUUUCUCUGCUUUACGUUUUCGUUGGAAAACUCUUUUUUGCUCUUGUUGAGAAUCAUUUUGGCCAAUGUAUUAUUUCAUAACCUAGAAAAUAACGCGUUUAGAAAGUCUGAUUUUCUGCAAAAUCGGUCGGACAAUAUUUUUGUAUUGAUUUCCCGUAUGAUCGCGAGCGUGCGACUAUAUAUUUUUUAAAUCAAGCUCUAUAAACGCUUUAUCGUCUAGGUUUUGAUAUAAAACAUUGACCAAAACAAUUUGCAACAAGAGCUAAAAAGAGUUUUCCAACAAAACCUUAAAAGCAGAGAAAAUAUAGCAAUUUUUGGUUUUAUUGCAGUCAAAUUAGAUUACUCAAAUUUGUAUACGAUUUGUAUACGCGACAUAGGCAAAAAUUUCAAACAUGGAUAUUUUCAGUUCUAGGUCGAAAUUUAAAAAUGCCCACGGCAAAGUUUUAGAUUUUAAUGUGCUGCAUCAUAAUCUUUUGGUUUAAAAUUUAAAAAGUUAAAAUUGAAUCUCACGGAAGCCCGAGAAGACGGCAAUAUUUUCUAGCUCGUCUUGUUGUUAAUUUCUCGUUUCCUGCAUUAUGAUUAGCUGAGAGCGAAAAUGUAAACAAAUGCGCUGAUUGGUCGAGCACGAAAUCUGCCCUUGUUUCCGGAAGCGUGUAUUGUAAAACCAAUGCUAUGGUCACAUUGUUAAUUUGGAGGCUGGUCAACCUCGUACCCAGGGCAUUUUGCUUCCGGUCAGCGAAAAUGGCCCUGGCAUCGGCCGGUUACAUGACCUCAAAAUCUCCAGUAUUUGGGGUGUUCAAUUAUGAUAGUUUAUGCGUAUAAGUACGUAUAUAGAAUAGUGAUAUACAUUAAUUGUAAUUACUGACAGGAGUAAACGAACUCAAUGCUGCGUAUAUAAUCAAAGGGAAAGCAACGAAAUAAGUUGACUUUAUUCGGUUUUCGUUGUUUACCCCUCAUUCAGCAACAUAGCCCGUAAUAUUGAUGACUAUUAAACAUAUUCAGAGCCUGUUUAGCCUGUGAUUCAAUUCUUAAUGAACAACCAAACAAAACCGCUUCAGCGUUUGCCGUUUGGUUUAUAUAAAUCGUGUUAUGAGCAAAUAUAUUCGUAUCACAAUCUUUGACUAUAUAAAGUAUAACGCUGUACGUUUCUUGAAAUCGACGAUGUAUAAACAACGCAUGUGAGAAAUGUAUGUUGAACCGAAUCAAAUACUCGUCUAUACAAAUGUACAAAGACUUGAUUUUAAUUUACUCAAUACUUUAGUCCUUCAAGAACUAAUUAUAAAUUUGUCACUCCACUCUCGUUUCACCAAAAUAAUAAUUAUUUCCCCCGUAUGUUGAAUAAUUAUAUUCAAAAUCAUUGACCAAUCAGGUUGCAAAACAGACCAGCCGAUGCCAGGGCCUUUUUCGCUGACCAUCAAAACAAGCUGUAGUACGAUGUUGAGGUUGCCCCCCACACACGGUAGAUACAACCCAUAGAUGAUACAACCGCGGUAAUAUCGGCGGAAAAUAUGGAAAUAUUACCCAUGUAACUAAGAAAUGAAGGUAAACGAACACGAGCAGCAAAAUUUCUGCAAUUCUGAAAGCCUGAUUUUAACUCGUAUUAAUUAAAACUGUUCACACUAAGAUACCGAAUGUGAGCAAACAUAUAGUAAGCAUUCUAACUAACAUGCAUUGAAAUCUGCUUUUCUUGCAAGUUACAGCAAUUCUGCUGCUCCUGAAUAAAUGACAGCAGGGCAGAGUUGAAUCAGAUAAACACGGUAAUUUUCUAUAUAUAAGCACGAAAUAUGGAUGUAUAACCUAAUGAAUACUAUUUUCAAACGUUGCAGGUUAUUCAAUCGCAACUGGAUCAUUUUUUUCGGCUAGCAGCAAUGGUAUGGAUAAACCCGAUUUCAUUAUUUCUGUUUUUGUUUUUUUUUCUCAUUUUAUUCAAUAGACCUUUCUUAUAAGUAUGGCGUCAGCGUGCAUAAACUAUUUUGUGACGUCGAGCUUGUUUUAGAAUUGAAAUAAGUUGCAGUAUAAAUGUUUGAAACUGUGACCAUAAAUUGUUUACCAGCCAAAAAUCUCAGAAAAAUAUAGGAAAUCUUAGCAUACUCUGAAUAGUCUUAGAAAAUUGAACGUGAUAUUUCUCCUAUUUCAAUGUUUGGUUUGAUAAUGAAAUACAUAUGGCCUUGAGGUUUGUGUAUUCAGACUACGUUUACCUGUGUUUCGCCAAAUAUUGGGUACAACUUGUCCGUGGUGGUAAAUGAUAGAUACAUAAAAUGCCGCCUUUAUACAUUUGACCAACAAAUAAGGUGUGGUCAGGAAAGAACGUAAAGACACUGGGGCCUAGGGACGGUGAUGCGAAGACACAAGUAUCGAGUACCAGGACGCGAGACCCUUAGGGGUAUGGGGGCAUAGUCCCCCAGAACAGUGUGAAAUUUAGAGAAUCAGAAAGACCAUUUCAUGCACUUUAGGGGAAGUUUUAUCGAAUCCAGAUGGUCCGGAAACGACGUAAAUUAGAAUAGCAUUAAAAAUGCUCAAACUGGACUCAAUCUCGUACCUUAACUGGACUCUUACGUUUUCUCGUUCUUACUCAACAUGAUUGGAAUGUGUUUUUACCCAACAAAUUAUUGAAUAUUUAAUAUAUUUGUCCUACAAAAUUGCUUUUCUCAAACAUUAAAGGGUGUCACACCCCCUCCCAACCCCCCAGGAUUUACAACAAUACGAUAAAGUAGAGCUUGUUUUUUUGUUUAUUUAUUUUAUAAAUGUGUUUCAUGUCCGCAGGACAUCGUCAGGCAACUAAGAGUUUCUGUUCCUACCUUCUGCACCAACCAAGAGUUUCCGUCCGUGUGUGCCAUAGAUAUCUUAUAUACACUAGGUAGUGCAUCUAAUUAUUCUGCAAUUCAAAAAUUGAAGCCGUGAUUGCAGUUUCAGGUCGUUCCCAUGAAAUGAGAAGAUUCGUAUGUUUUCUAUUUCUUAAACAGGGAACUUAAACAUUAAGUUACCCUAUUCCAAAUACGUUUUUAAACUAUUCAAAUGAUGAAAGUUAUUGUUGUUUUUAAGCGUUUAUUAGCAAGUGGGAACGACCAACAUGGCCGCCAUCCAUUCAAAUGGGAGUAACCGCUGGAAUAUUCUUGGCUUCAAUUUUACUAAAAGAGAUGCGCUAUCUAGUGUAUAUAAGAUAUCUAUGGUGUGUGCCUAGGUGCACAAAACUCGGAAUAGUAACGAAUGUUUGAAUAGUUAAACUUUAUAAAUAGAAAAUAUAUAUUUAUAAAUUUAUGUAUUUAGACUUUGCUAUUGGUGCUCCAAGAUAUAACGUCACUGGUGCAGUAAGUAUAUUAUUUUUCGAAGCAUAUAAUAAAUUUCCAUGCAAGUUGCAUAUUCCGAUUUGAAUAUUGAAAUGACAUUUCCUACUCCAUCAGGAAGGACGAAUUUUACCAGAACUUCAUAAAACGUCGUCAUGGCGCGCUUUCCAUUGACAAGGGGUCAUAUACCAGUUAGAGUAGAAUUUCUAUUACAUGUUUGAUGCGAAGAUCAUGCAGGUUCAAUUUUUUUUUAAUUUGGCCAAAAUGGGGACAUCUUAUAGUCCAGUCAAACUGUGACCAGAGGUCAAAGAAAUUGCAAUAGAAUUUUUUCAGUGGUAAAUUGUGAGGGAAGGUGUCCUGAUUAACGUACUAAAAAUCCAAAAAAAUCCCUUCGGUGGAACAUGGUGAAAAUCGAGUUUUUCUUACUUCUACCUAUAGAAAACCAUUGUGGACAGAAUGUUCAAAUUUUGAAAUCAUUUUUAGGCAAAUGUAACCUACAUUAUUGGAAAGCUUAGAAAAAACUAAAAUAUAGAUCAUAGAUCACGGUUAUAUUCAAUUUACUGGUCAGUUUGUCGUUAUUCUAGCUCAAAGUUGGAAAAAUAGCGCCAUAUUUGCACAAAAUACAAAUAUAUGGCAUUUUAAAUCUUGUAUAACUUCGGCUGGAUAGGCAAAAGCAAGGUAACCGUUUAAUUAUCUAUAUUUUAGUUUUUUCUAAGCUUUCCAAUAAUGUAGGUUACAUUUGCCUAAAAAUGAUUUCAAAAUUUCAACAUUCUGUCCACAAUGGUUUUCUAUAGGUUGAAGUAAGAAAAACUCGAUUUUCACCAUGUUCCACCGAAGGGAUUUUUUUUUAUUUUUAGUAUGUUAGUCAAAACAACUUUUCUCACACUUUACCACUGAAAACAAAUCUAUUGCGAUUACUUUGAUCAGGACCAUGUACUUAUAGUUAUUUGACUGGACUAUUACUGAUUUGAUGAUUUUGAUCCAAAUUUUCCGGUUUUCAGCUCACUAAUACCACUUCCAUUAGCAGAUAAACCCCAACCAUUGGACCAGCGACUAAACUAUUAAUUGGGGAUUGUCUGUGAAUAUUAAUGAUAUGCAUAUUGUUAUUCUACGUGAACAGACAAGAAUUGCUUGUACGUUGCCCCUAAAUCGAAAAUACAAAAUCAUACACCGUCAAUCGAUGAGAAAUAUCGUAACACUUAGGCUUUUUUCGAAGAGCGGCGUCCUCUAAGUCUAACGACAACAAUAAGAUUAGCAACGGUUGGGGACCAGUUCCUGGUCCAAAAAUGUAUUGAUUAGUCCACAUAAAUAUUAUAAUUCUAAUUAAUUAGAUAUUUCACUUUUAGGUUUUUGUUGUUAAAGAUUCUCUCAGCAAUCCCACAAAAGUUAUUAUCCAUGGUAAACAGG